AAAGAGCGUCCGGUAAUCAAUAAGAGAUUUAGUAAAACUGAUGCUGAUUCAAUUGUUGGUGGUGAAUCAUUCACUCAAAUUGAAUCAAAUGAUGCAAAUCUUGAUCCUCUUAAUGAAGAUAAAUCUACUGAUCAUAAUCAUGGAUUAUUUGCUGAUUCACAAAAAGUUUUUUCAUUUUCUUUACCCUUUGGUGGAUUUUCAAAUAUUAGAUCAAAUAUUUAUAAGCAAUUGAAGUCCUUCAAUAUCGAUCAACAUUUACCAAGUUUCCAAUUCAUCAAUAAUAAAAAUCAACAAGAUGAUAUUGAUGAUAUUAGACUACGCCUUCAAAGACAACAAUCAGUAACUACCGUGGAAGAAGCCAGAUAUUUCGAAAAUAAUAAGGGCCCUGAUGCGGUGAGAUUAAGAGCAGUUAAAGCUUCAAUUAGUUCAAAUAUUAAUGAAAUGAUUCCUGAUUUCAUGCAUGCUAAAAAGGAUAAGAAUCUAAUAAAACCUUCAGAAUCAAUUUAUAACGAUAUAGAUGGUAAUAUAGUCUUAUUGGGUGGUUAUAGAGGCUCUAUCCUAAGAGAUUCUAAAACCCGUAAACGAGUUUGGAUUCCUUUGAAAGCCGGUUUUAAUUUAAGAAAAAUUAAUUUAUUACUUGGUCCAAACGUUGAAGAUGAAUUAAAAGCUUCAAAUUUCAUCUAUCCUGAUGGAGUGUUGAAAAAUAUCGGUCCAAUUGAUAUUUGUAAAAAACUAUUGAAAAAAUUAGACUCAAACCCGAAAACUAAUGUUAAAGAAUUUGGUUAUGAUUGGAGAUUAAGCUUAUCCUUGUCUUCUGAAAAACUAGAAGAAUUUUUAACUAAAAUUUACAAGGAUACUGGUAAACCUACUUUGGUUAUUGCUCAUUCAAUGGGUGGGUUGGUUGCUCAUCUGACAAUGCAAAGAUGUCCUCAUUUGUUUAGAGGUGUUGUUUAUGUUGGUGUUCCAAGUGAAUGUCUUAAUAUUUUGGGUCCAAUUAGAUUUGGUGAUUCGGUCAUUUUCUCCGAUAAAAUUUUAACUUUUGAAUCAAACUUUAUGAUGAGAUCAAGUUUUUGUUUUCUUCCUUUAAAUGGUAGAGUUUUCGUUAAUAAAGACACUAAAGAAUGUUAUGAUUUGGAUUAUUUUAAUCCAGAUACUUGGGUUGAAUAUAAUUUAAAUCCUUUGGUUUCAAAAAGAAGAUUAUUGCAAGAAAUUAAUGGUAUUAAUUCUUCCAAUUCUCCCGAUUCAAAUUCAAGUUUAUCAUUUUCUCCAAUUAACUCAUUAAGUACAAAAUUUAGAAACUACAGGUCUUUGUCAAUCGCUAAAAAAAAUAAGUCCCUUAGCAAUUCUCCAACAAGAACAUCUCCUCAUGAUUAUAGUGAUGAAUCUAAUGAUAACACAUCUCCUUUACCAGAACAAUUUAAAUCGUCUCCCCAAUUAGAACCUAGUUCUAUGGAACCUUCUUCUCAUUCUUCAAAUGAUUUCCCAACUCAUUUUUCGUUUAGUUUCAAUGAUGCUUACAAUUAUUUAGCGGAAACUUUGAAACUGGCUAAAAAAUUCGUUCUUGGUUUGAAUUAUGAUCCAUCUUUAGAUUCUAAAUAUCCUCCAUUGGCGGUGGUUUAUGGUAAUAAAGUACCUUCAGUUAGAGGCUCCAAUGUUAGAUCAAUUCAAGAUAUUAAAGAUGGUAACUACUAUGAAUUUUUUUACGGCCAUGGUGACGGGGUUGUUCACCAAAAAUGGUUAAUGCCAGAACAAAAAGGAUUUUCCAUGUACGAUGAAAAAUCCGGUAAAGGUCAAAUUGUUGGGAAAUUUUCAAGUCCUGCUGGUCAUGUUAACUUGAUGACUGAUUUCGAAGCAAUGGGUAAUGCAUUAUAUUCAAUUAUCGAAGCAGAAAAAUCAUGGUCAAAAAAGAAA